AUGGCUAUUAGAAUUCCUGGUGUUAUGCAUGCUAGACAAGUUUUACGCCAAUCAAAAUAUUUUGCAAAUCAAGUAUCUUCUAACAGUGUUCCAAAAGGCUACUGCACAAUUUAUGUUGGAGAAAGCCAAAAGAAGUGGUUUGUAAUUCCUAUAUCAUUCUUGAAUCAGCCUUCAUUUCAAGAAUUGCUAAGCAAGGAUGAGGAAGAAUUCGGGUUUGAUCCCCCGAUAGGUGGUUCCACAAUUCCCUGCCGAAAAGAGAACUCCAUUGAUCUUACUUCCCGAUUGAGUGGAUUAUGAACUUGUGAUGUGCGGCAGAAGAAAUGGCAGACAAUUUUGUAAAUUCAUGUACAUUUUCC